GCAGCACCGCCACUUUCGUCGUCGCAGCGUAGGAAGUGACGUUAAAGUUCGUUUCUGUUCAGUUGUGGCUUAAAGACGCUCCAUCUGAAAGAAAUAUGAGUGAAAUUCAAGAGUUAGGCGAUUUUUCACAGGAUAGUAAGGCAGCUUAUGUUCUCAGUAAUGUCGCCGAAGUGGUUGAAAGGAUUCUUACGUUCGUACCGACCAAAUCGCUUCUACGAAUCGAGAGUGUGUGCAGAUUGUGGAGGAACUGCGCGCGCAGGGUGCUCCGGACCCAGCAGCAGCUGGCAUGGGCUUCAGCGCGUGGACCCUCCACCACAGACGUUCAUACUCUCUGCAACGUCCUGGCUGAAGAAGUGGAGAAAGUAUUCCUCCUGCCUAAAACAGUUUUGAUGAUGGCAGACAGCGAGUCCUUCAAUGGGCUAGCUUAUAGCUAUUCACAGAGCAAAGCGAAAAAGAUCCGCCGCAGCGCCGAUUCCGCCGAAGAGCUGAACAAACUUUUUCCCAAAUGCUGCGAUGUGAUUGGCAUCACUUCUCCUGGCAUCGUCUUGACACCUACUGGCUCUUGGUCCAGCCCUCCUCAGGAGUACCAGGAGGGGGAGGAGUCAGGAUUUGCGGUCAUGUUUCCCAGCAUUGAGGGCGUUCACAUCAAGCCUUUCCACUUUUGUAAGAAGACGAUCUCCUCAACAGCCAUGAAGGAAGCAGGACUGGUUGACAACCCAGAGCUGCGUGUAGUCCUGAUGUUCGUCUACGGAGGUCAUCGGUCUGGAGGAGCGCAGUUCAUCAACCAGUUUCUAGAGCCGCUGUUCAAGAGCAAGGUUCUCAUAGCAGGAGGGCUGGUGGAGACGGUUUUCUCUCCUCCCAGACGCUGCUGCAGCCAGGGAGGCUACGGCGUGAUGGGCCUCGCCCUGAGCGGCCCUAAGGUGCAGGGAGCAUCUGUCCUCUUGGACCACGACGUGAGCAGUCCCAAGGCAGCGGAAGCUACGGUCCGACGGCUAAAGGCGGCCAAAAUCCCAGAGAGGAACACCCUGGGCUUCAUGUUCGCCUGCGUGGGCAGAGGUCCCAACUACUACAACAAACAAAGCAACGUAGAGGCGGACGCUUUUCACAAGGUCUUCCCCAACACGCCGCUCUUCGGCCUGUUCGGCAACGGCGAGAUCGGCUGCGACCGCAUCGUUAAAGACGACUACACUCUGUGCGACAGCGACCCGGACUGCCUGCAGCACGAGUACACCACGGUCAUGUCUCUGGUCCACUUCGGCUGACCGCGGCGGGCCGAAGAGGAGAAAAUCAAAACGGCCGUGUUUUUGUGCGGGAACAACAAACGUGUGCCGAGUUCUUCUCAGAUUGUGUUUCCGCGCACAAAGGUCAAAGGUCAUCCGGGGUGAGAACUCUGCUUUAUAUUAAGAGCUUUGCUGUCCACACAAAUAACUCCUGCUGUUGUUUAAAAUGCUACGAAUCUCAGAAAGGUUCAUGACGAACUCCUCUGAUGCACUUUUUGUCCACUGAAUCAGAGUUUGGCUCUUUUACACGUUUGGGCGAACAGUUAAAAAGUUGUUCUAGAUUAUUCUUUCGUGUCUCUCAGUCACAUCUUGUCAUCGCAGCUUCUGCUGCCUGAAAUAAAAAGAAAGUCUCAGAUGACUUAAAGCAGGGCUAAAACGUGUUUAGGGUCAUAUUUUUUCAGUGAUUUCUCUUUUAGUGUUUGGAGGUUGUUGAUGGUUAGAUCUUUAUUGCAGAGUUUAAAAGCUGUAACAUAAAAGUAUGAAGUCUUCUGAAAAUCUACCUAAUUUAGCUUUUUUUCUACCUGAAAAUGAUUGAAUCUGUUACCUUCUGCCUCUUUUCUGACCAAGUCAACUGUCCCAGUGACGUGAUGGUGCAGUUUCCCAAAUAAACCCUGUUGGUAACGGC